UCGAUUUCAGAUGCACAACUCAACUGCAUUCUCGAAGUUAUGGGUUCAUCCUGGGCCACAUCAACCAAAGAGUCAUAUGGAGCAGGACUCCUUUCAUUUCAUGUUUAUUGCAACUCAUGGAGUAUCACAGAAGAGAAACAGUGCCCAAUAAGCCAAACUCUCCUCCUAGACUUUCUCUCAAGCUGCGCGAGUUCAUACUCCAGAUCAGCACUAUCCAACUAUGCAGCAGGACUGAGAGCCUGGCACUUACUGCAUGGCAGAAGCUGA